AUCGUCCACGAGACGCAGAAUGGACGCAAGUACUUCUUCUCGUGGUUGCAUCCGCAGACGAGGAACUUGCAGGUAGACUGGCUGGAUGCCCGAAACAUCUGCCGUCGGCAUUGCAUGGAUCUCGUCUCCUUGGAAUCUCCUCAAGAGAACGUCUACAUCCAAAACAAGAUCAGAGAUGGAAACCAGCCUUACAUCUGGACGUCGGGGCGAAAAUGCGACUUCCAGGGAUGCGACCGACCUGAUCUUCAGCCGACCAUCAUCAACGGCUGGUUCUGGUCCGGCUCCGGUGUCAAGAUGUUCCCCAGCAACCAGAGGUUCCCGGGAACGUGGUCCCACACGGGAGGCGGCAAUCGACCUCAACCCGACAAUCGGGAAUCCUCUGAUGGAUCCGGAUUCGGGGAAGAAGAAUCCUGCUUGGCUGUCCUCAAUAAUUUCUACCGAGAUGGCAUCGUCUGGCACGAUGUCGGAUGUUCUCACAAGAAACCCUUCGUCUGUGAGGAUUCCGACGAACUCAAGCGAUACGUGGCGUCUCGCGCUCGCGUCUCUCUCGAUUAGAAAUCUCUCCCAUUCGUCCCACACGAGGAAAAAAGAACUUCUGACUCCAUCAGUUGCCAAAUUUUUCCGUGGACUCGAAUCUUGCCAUGCUGAGGAUGCUCGGAACGGAUUUCUUCACCAUCACCAACAUAGCCACAACUCGUGUGUAACUUAAAAGAAGAAAGUUCUUGUUCUGUUUUGACGUUGACGGUCACAAUAUAUGUCCUCUGCAAUGAAUGAGGGAUGAAUGAGAAGUGAAUGAAUGAUUAUCGACUGAGAGUUGCCCCCCAUCUCAAGUUUUUCCCCCAUUUUUUUGCAUAUUCAAAACGAAUGCAAUAAAAGAAGGAAAUUGAAGACA